UUCUCUGGAACGCAGGUGAAUGGAAACUCGUACCAGAGGAAGAGGACAUUGCUCUUUGGAGCUAGCAACGAUGUAGAGGACAAGCCCAGUCAGAACCUAGGGGGUGCCACUCAAAGGGCUGCAGCUUUAGCUGCCUUAACUUCUGCAUUCAAUUCAUCUUCUGCCAAAUCAACCCCUUCGGCCUCGGAUCCCUCCCGUGAAAAUAAGAGUGGAACUACACAAAGAGCUGCAGCUUUAGCAGCUUUAUCAUCUGCAUUUAAUCAGUCAGCAGCAGAACCCAAAACUUCGGCUCCGAAGCCUAUCACUUUUCGCCAGGCAUCGCAAAGAGCGGCUGCAAUAGCUGCUCUUUCAUCUGUUCUCACUGCUGAAAAUAAGAAAAAAUCUCCUGACGUAUCACCUCCUAAGAGAAUCUCCAGGAGCAGUUCCUCAACAGCUGCUCUUUCCUCUAUUUUCACUUCUCAAUGUGCGAGACAAUCGCCUGACGUAUCGCCCAAGAAACUCUCCAGGAGCAGUUCCACACCAGCCACCCCACCUUCCGAGUUAGCCGACUUAAAGAGUGAAGCGGACCCUUUUGAAGCAGAGGAUUCUCAAAAGGUUGCUAAAACCAAUGAGGAAGAGUCAGAACCACCAAAGGAAGAGUCAGAACCACCGAAGGAAGAGAACGAGAGUGCAUAAUGCAUUCGAAGAGCAACUGAUGACCAAUUCCGAAAACCUUGUGACGGGGUUCAAUUUCACCCGGAAGCAG